AUGGGCGUCCAAAAACGAACCCGCAAGUUCGCAACAACCAAACGCAUCAUCUCGCAGCGCGACGACCGCCAGAAAGCACAAAUCGCCAAACGCGACGCUGAGGCGCAAAAGAAAAAGCAGAACACCGACGAUGUGAUCCGUGAAGUGCCCCAAGUCCCCUCUAGCAUGUUCUUCCAGCACAAUACCGCCCUCCAGCCGCCCUACCAGAUCCUCGUGGAUACGAACUUCUUGAGCCACACUGUUCAUCAUAAGCUCCCCCUGCUACCGACACUCAUGGACUGUCUCUACGCCAGUUGCAUGCCGAUAAUCACCUCCUGCGUCAUGGCCGAACUCGAGAAACUCGGCCCCAAAUACCGCAUCGCCCUCCAGAUCGCGCGAGACGAGCGUUUCGAGCGCCUGCAGUGUGAUCACAAAGGAACAUACGCGGAUGACUGCAUCGUGGACCGGGUGGUGAAGCAGCGGGUCUAUCUUGUGGCGACGAACGAUCGGGAUUUGAAGAGGAGGGUGCGGAAAGUGCCUGGGGUGCCGAUAUUGAGCGUCGCGAGGGGGAAGUACGUUAUUGAGCGGCUACCUGAUGCGCCUGAGAAAUGA